UUAAGCGGCAAAGAAGGGGACGGGAGCAGAUAGCACGAGCGGCGGCGGCAGAAACAGCGGCGGGCGACCGCGCGCCAUCCUUGCGGGAAGAGAUCUCGGUGGCCGAAGGCAAUAGAAAGCGCAAGGAUGCCUCCUGCUUCAACGGAACAACGGUCCUCGCCCAAGGCUAAGUUCUUGGCUUACCAGAACCCCACCCUCUCGGCCGCCCUCACCGCCCACAGCCUCCGCCCCUCCCCCUCCGCCCUCCUCCUCCUCUUCUUCGCUUCCCUUGCUUCCGCCACCUUCUUAAUCUCCGUCUCCUCCAUGGAAGACGAUUUCAUCAAAAAAAUAGGUCGGAUCCGUGUUUCCGUCAGCACAGCGCAGUUGCUCGUCAAGUUAUUGGAAGCAGUGAUCGGACUGGUUUUUAUCUCAUCCUUAUCAGCCCUCAUUCGAGCCUUGUCGCUCCGCAACCCAACGAAUGCUCUGGGAAAUGUUUCCGCCGCUUCUCCUUCUCAGAAACAUAAAGACGUGAAAAAUGUACUCACCCAGCGCCAACUUGCUCUUCUAGGCUUGAAGCCGAAGGCAGCCGAGAGGAUCACUGAUGCUCAGCCUAUCAAGAAGCCACCCCGGUCGAGGCCUGUCCCGUCUUCUGAGCCUCUAGUUCCUAUCCGCAGGUCGUCAUUCAGUUAUACACCUUCUCAUUCAUCAAGAGUUGGGCCUGAUCAACUGUGUUCCAGCGGUGGAAAGAAGGCUGCUUUGUCCCCAAUGUCUCCGCCUUCUUCUCAUUCUCAUGUAGCGUCUCCUUCGACUCCGUGGUCGAGGCACAGCGCAGGGAGUGCCAAGGGGAUUCAGUCAGAGGCAAUGUUGGAACAAUACUUGGCCGAAGUAGAUGAGAAGAUUAUGGAAUCAGCUGCUGUAGCGGUUACACCCCCACCACCUGUUCGGGGCAUUGUCAUCUCGAGCCCCAGUUCAGUUGCUACCCAGAGUACUCCUUCAGGUGCUGCUAGAAGUACACCACUGAGGCCUGCCAGGAUGUCUCCUGGUUCUCACCAGGGGUACAACACACCGCCAAAGAAGGGAGAGGGUGAGCUCCCUGCCCCCAUGUCGAUGGAACAGGCCGUUGAGGCAUUCGAGUACUUGGGCAUCUACCCGCAAAUUGAGCUGUGGCGCGACCGCCUCAGACAGUGGUUCUCUGCCAUUUUGAUCAACCCCCUCCGUGAGAAGAUCGAUACAAGUCACAUUCAGGUUAUGCAAGCAGCAGCCAAGGUUGGUACUUCAAUCACGGUCAGCCAAGUCGGAAGUGACCCACCUAGUACCUCACCACCAUUCAUGUUAUCUCCAGUUGGUGGAGCAAAGGAGUGGCUGCCCACUGUCACUGUGGAUGAGGAUGGGCUACUUCAUCAGUUACGUGCUUCCCUCUUGCAAGCACGUGAUGGAUCAAUGUCACAGACAUCCUUUGCUGGUAUGCAACAACCACAGCCGAGUCCGCUCCUCCCUGUCAUACAGGCAUGCGUUGAUGCCAUCACUGAACACCAGAGGCUCAACACACUGAUGAAAGGAGAGCUGAUUAAAGGUUUGCUGCCACAAAGUAGUGUUCGUGCUGAUUAUACAGUUAAAAGGGUCCGAGAGCUUGCUGAAGGAUCAUGUGUCAAGAAUUAUGACUAUAUGGGGAGUGGAGGUGGUUUUGACAAAGGAGACAAAAAAUGGACGAGCGAGCUUCCAACUGACUCUCACCUGUUAUUGUACUUACUCUGUGCUUUCUUGGAGCAUCCAAAAUGGAUGUUACAUGUUGACCCCACAUCUUAUUCUGGUGCACAAUCUAGCAAGAAUCCUUUGUUCCUGGGACUUCUUCCUCCCGUAGAAAGGUUUCCUGAGAAGUAUGUUGCUGUCAUAUCCGGUGUGCCAUCCGUCCUUCACCCAGGAGCUUGUAUCCUAGCAGUUGGAAAACAAAGUCCUCCAAUAUUUGCAUUAUACUGGGACAAGAAACUGCAAUUCUCUCUUCAGGGAAGGACAGCAUUAUGGGACUCUAUUUUGCUUCUCUGUCACAGAAUAAAGACAAGCUAUGGAGGCAUAGUUAGGGGAGUCCAUCUUGGUUCGUCGGCUUUCAACAUCCUUCCAGUGCUUGAUUCAGAUACUGAGAACUGAAGGACCGGUUGGCAGCAAAUCUGUAAAAGAAGUGUUCUCUUUCAGCUCUUCUUUUUCGCUGUAGGCUGUUUGAGAGGACUUGAACCAUUUCUCUGAAGGUCUGAUGUGCUAGCAGGCAGCCAGUCUGUGAAGUAUGUGUUCUGUUUCAGCUCCUUUGUUUCACUACAUGGAUGUUUGAGAAGAUUGAACCAUGUCUAGCAGGGUCUGAUGUGCUAAUCAUGUUGUACUAAUAGUUGUACCAUGAACAGAUCUUAAUGCUCUUACGCUAACCAAACUCGGUGCUUAACAAUUGACAUCUCUGUAUCUGGCAGGUACUUGGAUUUUAA